CACCUCCUCCCACCUCGGGGGCCGCGCCGCCGCCUUCCCCCUCCAAAUCCGGCGCCCUCCAGCCCCCCUCCGCCACGUGGCAUGUCCUGAGCGGCCAGCCGCCGCCCGGCCAUCGCUCCCCGCCAACCAGGGGUCGCCACAUGGCCUCCCAGCGCCCCCCUGGCAGUUCCCCUCGCCGCAGCCCGUCCAGGCCCGGGAAGGGCCCGCCAAGCCCAUCGUGGCCCGUCCCCGAUGCCUGUGCCCCUGUGCCUCGCCCCGAUCCAGGGAGGAGAGGAGCUCCUCCCGUUCGUCCUGCGCUGGCGUCCAGCGCCGCUGCACCGGAGCUCAGCCGCCGCCGACGACCUCCUCCAGCAGGACAGGUCUCCUUCGGCCCCUCUCGGUUUCUCCUCUCUCUCCCCUUGCCGUUCCCCCAUAUCUAACUACUCUCUCUCUCUCUCCGUCUUGGAAGCCCUGCCAUGGAAGCCGGCGCCCAAGCUCGCUGGAUCUUCACCUCCGGCGCCGCAAACCCCGGGAACGGGUUCCCCACCAUCGGAUCUGGCGGAUCUCGGUCGUCCCUCGCCUUCCCCGCGGUUCCCCUCUCGCCAUCGACCUCCAUGCCUCGCCGCCGCCUCGCUCAUCCUCUGGUUCGGGAGGACGAUGCUCCCUCCGCGCGUUGACCCCUGGUCGCGCUCCUCCUGGGCCGCAUCUCGUGAAGGCCCAGCCGCAUCGCGCCUCCGGUCCAACCUGGUUCCAAGGCCCAGCAUUGCCUGCCCGGCCUCCUCCUCGCCGUCUGGGCUAAGCCCAUGGAUCCGGUAAUGUUGCGAUUGUGAGGAUUCCUUCGACUACUCCCGUUCGUCUUCUUCAUGGACUCGUUCUUCUUCCUAGCGGGAUUUUAG